AUGGUCGCCUCAGGUGUUUCCACCUCCGUCUCCUCCUCUCCUCCCUCCUCUUCCCACCAUCACCACGCCUCAUCAACCUUUUCUCCCGUUGCCUCACCACCAGCGACCGACGCCCGAAGCGUCUACAGCGCCGCAUCCCGCUCCAACUCGGUUGUUUCCACCCCCGCCUCCGCCGCUUCCCCCGCCGCAAGCACUCCCGGCGGAGCGCCGACGCCCACCUCGAGCGGCCCGACAAAUGCUUCCCACGCCCCGCAUCAGCUUCCCGCCAUCAGACCCAACGCUGCGCAACCCAUUUCAGCCAGGCCGCCCCAGGUCCCCCAGGUCCUGAACAAAAUGUCCAUGGCCUCCGUCAUCAGCCCGCCGCCCAUGACCGAGGCGCCCAAGAUGUCCAUGACCACCAAGGAAUGGGUUAUCCCUCCCAGGCCGAAGCCCGGCCGCAAGCCCGCCACCGACACCCCGCCCACCAAGCGCAAGGCUCAGAACCGCGCUGCCCAGCGGGCCUUCCGCGAGCGCAGGGCUGCGAGGGUCGGCGAGCUGGAGGAGCAGCUCGAAGAGAUCCGCGAAGGCCAUGAAAAGGCCGAGAAAGACCUCAAGGACAGGGUGCACGGCCUGGAGAUGGAGCUGCAGUCCUUCAAGUCCCGAUGCCUCGUCCUCGAGAACAUGCUGGACCGCGAGAGGAAGGACCGCGUCAAGGCUGAGACCGAGCUCGAAGGCCAGAAAAGGCGCUGGAGCGAACAGGCCACGGCCCCUAGACGCCUGCCGUCUCCUCGCCGUAGGGACUCACAGCUCACCCACCACGAGCCACCUACUCCCUCGGUCGGCCACUCAAACCAGCCCUUUUCCAUCUCGCAGAUCGUCUCCCCCCAGGACUCGACCCACAUGGACGACUCCCCCGCCCCGUUUGGCUGCGGCUCAUGCGGCCCUGACGGCUGCGCCUGCGCCAACGAAAUUCUUACCGACACCGUCACAGGAUGCGGUAACUGCACUCUCGGAGGCCGAUGCGCGUGCCUUGAGGAGACUAUCAAAAGCGCCAUCAUUUCCGACCUGAAGAGGGCGCCGUCACCAUCGGCCCUCACUUCCACUGAGAAACGUGUCCGCACCGAGCCGACUCCGCCAGAGGAGGAGACUGAGAUCGACUUCACUGCCAUGUUCUCCAAAAAGGCACCCGCACUGCAGCAGCAGCAGCAACAGCCGCCAUCAAUUUCUCUGAUGCAGCCUCAGCCCCAGCUUCCUACCGUGUCCUUCAAGGACUCGUGCGGGUUUUGCAAGGAUGGAAGCUACUGCCUCUGCGCCGACACUUCCAUGGCCCUUGGCCCCCCGGCCACUACCGAUUAUGGUCCUCCCCCCGCCUACUCUCAACAGACCCAAACCCCUCCCCCCUCGGAGAAUGACGCCGUCCCCCCACCCAUGCCCAUAGAGAUCAACGCCGACGGCGCCGUCAAGCUCCGCCCCAGGCCCCAGACUACCCAGCCCAGCGCCCCGGUCUCCCGCGGUUGCGGCCCUAAGGGACCCGGGUCUUGUGCCCAGUGCCUUGCUGAUCCCAAGUCUGGUCUCUUCUGCCGCGCACUGUCCGCAAACUUUGAGCGCAGUGGUGACAGCGCCUCCGGCGGCGGUGGGGGCUGCUGCGGUGGUGCUGGGCCCGGCGGCGGAUGCUGCAAGUCCGAGUCCGCGCCUCCGCGCCUCCCAACCAAGGGCAGGCUCGGCCUUAGCCUGAGCUGCGCCGAGGCCUACCAGACCCUAUCCAGCCAUCGCAACUUCGAGAAGGCCGCCGAUGACAUCGGCUCAUGGUUGCCCAAGCUGCGCGCCGCGCCCAAGCCGGGCCAAACGCUGCCCUCGCCGUCCCGCCUACCCAUAGAGGUCGAGGCCGCAAGCAUCAUGAGCGUGCUCAAGGACUUUGACAUACGCUUCGGCAGAGGACAGUAG